AUGGCUACCAUUUGCGAGGAACCUCCAAGUCUUCUCCAAGACCUCAAGAUCACUAUCCAAAACGUUUCCCUUGUUUUUCCGUCCCAACGAACUGAGAGAAAAUCCAUGUUCUUGUCAAACAUAGACAAAGUGCUCAAUUUCCCUGUAGAGACCGUCCAUUUCUUUCCAGCGCACAAGGAUUUUCCUCCUCGAGUUGUGGCUGAGAAGCUUAAAAGCGCAUUAUCCAAAAUCCUAGCGCCAUACGAUUUCCUGGCUGGAAGAUUGAGGUCGAAUCCUGAAACCGGCCGUUUAGAGAUUGACUGUAAUUCAGCUGGAAUAGGUUUUGCCGUGGCCUCCAGUGAUUACGCACUGGAUAGUCUUGGAAACUUAGUUUAUCCUAAUCCAGCUUUUGGGCAACUGAUUUACAAGAGCAUGGACAACUUGGAACAAGAUGAUCAACCACUUUGCAUUGUCCAGGUGACUUGGUUUAAAUGUGGUGGUUUUGCCAUGGGCAUAUUAACCAACCAUGUGACUUUUGAUGGAUUAAGCUUCAAGAUCUUCUUAGACAACUUGGGUGCCCUGGCAGCUGACAAACCACUGGCUGUCAUCCCCUGCAAUGACCGCCAACUUCUAGCCUCUCGAUCCCCGCCAUGUGCCAGCUUCCCUCACCUUGAGCUGGCCAAAUUCAAGGACUCGAACCCUCCCGUCUUUGAUGUCACAUCUGAAGCCCUAGACUUCAAGGUUUUUCGGCUGACCUCCCACAACAUUGGACAACUCAAGGAGAAGGCCAAGGCGUCUGGCGGAAAACGAAACGAAGCACGCAUUACCGGUUUCAACGUGGUGACGGCGUUUGUAUGGCGAUGCAAAGCCUUAUCAUGGGACAAAGAAACCAUCCAAGGGAGCAACCUUGAUAGGGUUUCUAAAUUGCUUUACGCGGUUGACAUAAGGGCUAGGCUGGUUCCUCCAUUGCCAAGAUCAUACGCCGGCAACGCGGUGUUAACAGCAUAUGCAAUGGCCAAGUGCAAGGAGAUAGAAGAAAUGGAAUUUUCAAGAUUGGUGGAGCUGGUAUCGGAGGGAGCAAAACGAAUGACGGACGAGUAUGCAAGGUCAGCAAUAGACUGGGGAGAGAUAUACCAAGGGUUCCCAGAUGGGGAGUUCCUGUUGUCAUCCUGGUGGAAACUAGGGUUUGAUGAGGUGGAUUAUCCAUGGGGGAAGCCUAGGUAUAGUUGCCCUGUGGUGUUCCACCGGAAGGAUAUUAUCUUACUAUUCCCUGAUAUUGAUAAAAACAAUGGAGUCAACAUCUUGGUGUCUUUACCAAGCAAGGAAAUGGACAAGUUUCAGAGCCUCUUAAGGAACUACUUCGCUUAAUUAAUUAUUAGAGAACUCAAUUUCAGUAGGUGCAUGCGUCUAUUGUGUUAUUUUGUAAUUGUUUAAUUAUUACGGAACUCAAUUUCAG